AUAUUCCAAGAGCGGCAACAGGAAAUUAUGAAAAAAUAAAAAUAGGAAAUCGUUACUUACAAUGUCCACACGAUCUAAGGUUCUGAAAGUAUUUAAAGAUUUACAUCGGACUCGGAAGAAAGUUUUCCAUGGUGAUUCAUUUGCAUUAACAGCUGCUCGUGAUAAAAUAAAUACAGAAUUUAAAACCAAUAAAGAUGUUGCUGAUAGUGCUAAAAUCGAAGAGUUGUUAACUGUAGGAAGAGAUUGUGAGAUUUUAUUAAGGAAAACAGUAAUUCAGGCGGUAAAGAAACCAAAUAAGGAUACUUAUGAAGUAAACAUUACCAAGGAAACAUCAUUAUUGAAAAACACAAUGUUUGAUCCAAACGCAAAAAUACCUCCUCCCAGGCGUAGAACUAAAAAGAGUACUGAUGAUGCUACUUGAAUACAGUGUUAUACUUGUGUUGAGGCAGUGCAAACUUAAAGACUUGUUGACUCUUAUCUGGUUAUUGUGAGCAAUGACAGCAAGACAAUUUGUUUGAUAGAACUUGUCUUUCCAUUCAACUGUAGGGUAGCUUGCUGGGGUCUUGCAUUACAGUCUAAAUAAAUGUCAGCAAGUACUAAUACUCUGGAUAACAUUAGAUAAAUUACAUGAGAUCGUUUUAUUUACAUAUUAUUUCAAGUGAAUGUGUGAGAAAUGAAUUUUAGUUUGUAUUGAAUAAGAAAAUAUAUUUGUAGUUACA